AUGUCAUCAUCUGAUCAUGCAUCUACUGCUGCAUCUACUCAAUCUAUUAGAGCUAAAUUAGAUCCUACAUGGGAGCAUUGCACUCAAAUACCAAACAAAAAGGAAGGUGGCAAAUCUCGCUUAAAAUGCUUAUAUUGUGCAAAGGAAUUUGCUGGUGGGGGAAUUAAUAGAAUGAAACAGCAUCUUGCUGGGAAAAGAGGAGAUGCCAUUAGUUGUAAAAAUGUGCCUCGUGAUAUUCGCUUUCGAUUAGAGGAAAAUUUGAAAGAGAUUGAGGGAAAGAGAACAAAAAAACAAGAUUACCCAACAAAAACAGAGGAUAGUCUAUUUAGGGGGAAUGAUUCAAAUAUGGAAGAAAUGGCUCCUCCACAAUCUCAAGAAAGGGUGAUUGAAGCAAAUGUUCCAAGUUCUUCUCAAUUAAGAAAAAGGAAGGCAUCUGAAUCUUUAGAGAAGUUCUAUGCCCAAGGACAAUCCCGGGUGCACAACCAGAAUAAGAAGUGCAUUUAUGCUAUUGCUGCUAUUGGUCCUGAUUAUAAAGUCCCAAAUUAUCAUGCUGUGAGAAGUAAAAUAUUGCAAGAUAUGAAGAAAGAGGUUCAGUUACUAGUUGAUGAAUGUAGAAGUUUUUGGGCUGAAACUGGUUGUACUAUAAUGGCGGAUGAUUGGCAAGAUCAAAAAAAUAGGCAGUUGAUUAAUUUUCUUAUUUAUUGUCCUAGAAGAAUUGUUUUUAUUAAAUCUGUUGAUGCUUCAGAUAUAGUUAAGGAUGCUCAAAAUCUUUGCAAUUUAUUCAUGGACAUGGUUGCAUUUGCUGGUGCGAAUAAUAUUGUUAAUCUAGUAACUGAUAAUGCAGCUAAUUAUAAAGCUGCUGGGAGAUUAUUAAAUGACAAGUACCCUUCUAUUUUCUGGUCUUCUUGUGCUGCCCAUUGCUUAAAUUUGAUUUUGGCAGACAUAGAUGAUCAACAAAGAGUAAAUGUGGUAGAGGGUGAAGGGAUUGAUUUAGGAUCAUUUAGUCAGGAAGAUGAUGAUAGUUACAACUCAGAUGUUGAUGCUUUCGAGCCUAACCAUGCUUGGAUUAAUCAAGUGGAUUGA